CCGACUGUUGUCAAAUUAAAAUCGCUCUUAGGCUUAGGAUUUCGACUGUUCGAGUACCGGCAACAGGGUAGCAGCGUCCUCUUAAUUAAUACUGCGACUGAGUUUUCACCAUCUUUCUGGAAUCAGACCUCCAACACAGUCCCAUCUCAUCUAAUAUGAGUCAGCAACAACCACAGAGGCCUCAAGCCACCGAGGAGCCGAUCAAGUACGGGACGUAUCCUCAGUUUCCGGGGAACUUGCAGCCAAACCCAUCUCACCUCAAGAUGCAGUCUGCCGAGAAUCGGGUACUUGGUCAAACCCAAAAAGGCAGUCCGGCCUCUGUAAUGCAGUCAGCGGCGGCACGCAACGAGCGAGCUGGUCACGGUGAUGACACUGAUAUUACCACUAACGAGGGUCUCACUGUUGCAGAGAAUGAUGGUGCCGGAAACCGUAUAGUGAACGAGUCAAUUGCAGACCAGGUGGUGGGACAAUUCAAACGUGACCCAAUAACAAUCGGGGAAGCUCUCGAAGCAACGGCGGUGACAGUGGGAGAUAUUUCGGUCGAUAAGAGUGAUGCAGCUGCAAUCCGAGCAGCAGAACUGAGAGCCACAGGGGGGGAUACUAUAUCACAAGGAGGUGUCGCUGCCGCUGCUCAAUCCGCAGCUACUGUCAAUGCACAGACUAUGCGCCAUGAGGAAAAGAUUAAGAUAGGGGAUGUUCUCAUGGAUGCGGCGAUAAAGCUACCGGGAGACAGACCGGCGACGCGUGAGGACGCAGAAGAGGUAGCUGGGGCGGAGAUGAGAGAGAACCCGAAGUCGGCCACCCAUCCUAGCGGCGUGGCUGCAUCCGUGGCGGCAGCUGCUAGGCUCAACAAGGACAAGUGGAUGGAAUAAAUUAAGGAGAACCGAGACGAGACAACCCCAACCCAUACUUGCUUCACUAUCUCUCUCUCUCCCUCCUAUAUUUUACUCAUUCUCAUCCAUGGGUUCUGGCAUUCUGCCUCUCUUGCAGAUUUUAGAAUCUCUCUCUCUCUCUCUAAAAGUCUCUUCAGUACCAGAAGUUGGUUUGUAUUGUGUCUUGCUUUACUUUUACUCUUGAU